GUUGUUGUUGACUGCCUUCGUUCUUUCCCAAGAUGGCGAAGUCGAUGGGCAUGAACCUGGCCUCCGGGCUUCAGGGCAUGUUGAAGGACGGCCACAGCUCCUACGAGGGUGUGGACGAGGCUAUCAUGAGGAACAUCAACGCGGCGAAGGAGCUGGCCGCUAUCGUUAGGACAUCCCUGGGGCCCAAUGGCAUGAACAAGCUGGUAGUCAACCACUUGGACAAGACCAUCGUCACGAGCGACGGGGCGACGAUCGUCCGGGAGCUGGAGGUCAUGCACCCGGCGGCGAAGAUGGUGGUAUUGGCAUCGCAGAUGCAGGAGCAGGAGGCCGGCGACGGCACCAGUCUUGUGGUCACCCUGACGGGCGAGUUGCUCAAGCUGGCGGCGGACCUGCUAAGGGAGGGCCUCCACACGGCAGAGAUCCUUGAGGGGUACCGCGCCGCAUAUAUCAAGACCCAGGAGAUCCUCCCCUCCCUUGUGUGCCACACCGUCACCGACGUCAGGGAUCCCAAGCAGCUCGCCUUCGCGAUAAAGACCGUGAUCGGCUCCAAGCAGUACGGCUUUGAGGACUCCCUGUCGCCGUUCGUGGCGGAGGCCUGCCUGGCCGUGAUGCCGCCGCCGCCGGCCAAGGCGAUGCUGGCGGUAGAGAACGUGCGCGUGUGCAAGCUGCUGGGGGGCAGCACGGCAGACUCGCACGUAGUUCGGGGGAUGGUUGUCCAGCGCGACUCUCAGGGUUCGGUGAAGCGUGCGGAGAAUGCGAAGGUGGCGGUGUUCGCGUGCGGGCUGGAGAUGUCGUCCACGGAGACGAAGGGCACCGUGCUCAUUCGCACCGGCGAGGAGCUUAUGUCCUACAACAAGGGCGAGGAGAAGGUGGUGGAGGACGCGAUGAAGUCUAUCGCCGACGCCGGAGCCAAGGUCAUCGUGGCGGGGGGCACGGUGAGCGACAUGUGCAUGCACUUCAUCGAGAAGUACGAGAUGAUGGUCAUCAAGGUCCUCAGCAAGUGGGAGCUGCGGCGCAUCUGCAACGCCGUGCACGCGACCGCGCUCGUUCGCAUGGGGGCCCCGACGCCCGACGAGAUGGGGGACUGCGCCCUCGUGGAGGUGCGGGAGGUGGGGCUGCGAAAGGUGACGGUGUUCAGCCAGGACGACGACGACUCCCGCAUCGCCACGAUCGUCCUAAGGGCCAGGUCAGUGUCGCUCUCAUUGUUCUCGCUCCCUUGA